AAAGUAAAGAAAAUUUAAAGAGAAAACAAUUUAUCAAAACUCUUUAUACUAAUAAAUAGAGAUUAGCUUCAAAUUAUUAGAUGAUAAUUUUUAUAGAUCUAUAAAUUGUUAAAACUGCCUCACAGUCAUUCACGAGGUACUUUAUUCUGCUUGUGCGUAGAACUACAUGGAGUCUAGUUUCUGACCAAAUCACUACUAGUCUAUAAACAAUAUGGCGGAAAAAGUUAUGGUUGGUUUCGAAAUAAAUACAUGUAUGAUCAUUUGCAUGUAGAUCUAGACUCUAUAUCUAGAUCUUUAUUGCCCAGUCAAACAGCUGCAGCCACAUUUAUGGCACUGAUUGGCAGUUGUAUGAGAUAUUUUUGUGUACUAAGAAAUGAUACUACACUAACGUAGAUCAAUAGAGCUGCAUUUGAAUAUAUAAAGGUUUACACUUACCCAGUAUAAUUUAUCUGUGUCAAAAAUGGAUGUAAAAAAUGGAGAUUUACAAGGAGAAGUCAAAUUGGAUAUAGGUAGUGUCUGCUCAGAUUAUAGCCAUACCUCCAAAAUAUCGCAUCGCAGUUCACAGUCUACAAGAAAAAGUGCCACGGCUAUUAGCUCCAUAUCUAAUAGAGCAAGACGCAUCAAAGAAUAUGAAGAUCAGGGCUGUACAUCUCUAUCAGUGGAUCUUAAGCCGGGAGAUGAGAACAAUCUUGAUUCAAUCAGAGAAGCUAGAUCUUCCAGUCGAAUCAGCCUUAGAUCAUCAACAAGGUCAGCAGCUACCACGAGGGUUCCGUCAGUGCAAUCUUCAGGAUGGAUGAAAUCUGUCGCAGACUUGGACUUAAGCUCAAGGUUGAUGUCCAGUGGGCUUCUAAGACCACAGUCAUCCAAGUCAUACACUACACUACUACAAAAUCCUCCAAAGUCAAAUUCUAAAGUCAAAAUGCCAUUCAAACACAACACCAACAAACCUGAUGUUACAACAGUAGUAGUCUCCCCUGGUAGAGAAAUGUCUGAGUUGACAGUCCUGGCAACAAGUGUCAUAAAUAAAGUUCUCAAAGAGCAGAAGCCACCCAAGAUCAACCAUGUUCAGGGUCGCCUUCUCAAAGCCAGAUUGAAACCACUGGAUCCAGUGUCAGUGACAUCUCCCACAAUCCAACAGUGUAGAGGAAUAAUAGCAGAGACAAGAGCUUAUGGUGCCAGCAGCAGCAGAACUUUCCAGAGGUGGAAAGCCAUCAUGUCAGGCUCUCAUCGCUUCAUACAUCCUGAUGUGGAUUUGAAAGACAGCAUGUCCUUGGGGGAGUCUGUUCACAGGACAUCACAAGCAACCUCUCCUGUUCCUUCAGAGGAUAUGUCUCCAGAGGGAUAUCAUGAAACUAUUGGCUCAGAUCUACAGGAUGGAAUCAAAGAAGAUUUUGAGAGUUUUAUUAAUACGACCGUCUCAAAAUCAGACGAACAUCCUGCACUUAGUGAUGAAGGACCUUCUAAAAGUAAAAGAUUAACAGAAGUAUUACCAGAAGACAUUCUCACAGUAACAAAUGAUGCGAAGAUAAAUACAGAAACAAAGUCUGGUGUCAAGGGAGAUGAGGAGAGUGAAGUGGCAAGUUCAGCCACACCAAAAAUUGCUGGAAAUAAAAGACCUCGCAGUGCCUUCUUCCCACAUGACCCUUUUGACCCUGAUAGCCUCAGACCCAAAACUACUGGAGAUAACAUUAGACCAAAGUCUGUGAGGUUUGCAGAUGAGAAUAAAAAGCCUCCAGAUUCUUCAGGUUCCGCACCAUUGGUGAAGAAAGCUGAUGACAAAGAAAAUAAAAACAAGAGCAAAACCUCAUGUCGUCCACAUUCUGAAAGUGGUAUCAGGUCACAUGAUCCUGAUGACCACAAUGGCUCUGAUCCACGUGAUAUCCACAGAUUUACAUAUUCAGAUAAAUUAAAGGCUAACAUUGGCCAACAGGGCUCUGAUUCCAAACAAUCCUUUUCCAAUGGAAACUCUAAUUCUCCUUCUGACACACUGGAAAUCACCACAGAGUCAAACUCUCAAGUUAGUGAAACCUCUGAAGACAAACAGAUCUUAUCUAUGCCAAAGGCAGCUACUGUACUUUUUGAAACAGGCAAUGACCCAAACGUCAAACAACAGCAACAUACAAGAAAUACUACGAUGAACAUUAAAACACAUCUAGGUGUCAAGUCUUCAAAUUAUAAACAAAAAAGAAAACUUCCCAUUGAUCAGAGCUUUGCUAGUAAAAAUAUAGAACAAAAAGAAAGAAUACAUCACACAAAUAGUACUCUAAGGAAAGAUCCAAAUCUUCAUGCAAGCAAUGAAAAAAAAUUAGAACAAGAUUCAAGCCUUGAGUUCUCUCAUUUAAAGUCUGACAAUGCUAAGUGCAACAUAACACAUCUUCCACCCAAGGGAAGUAAUGUAAACUUGCCACAUGGACACAAAAAGUCUUUGAAGAAAGCGCCACAUAUCAAAGACAGACCAUUCAGUGCAUCUAGUUACAUCAACAAGGAUAUUGUAGAAAGAAAGCCAAGAGUUCACAGUGCCAGCAAACCCGCAAGAGCUGCAGAUGCAAAUAUCUUUAUUGAGAAAAAUGGUAUUCUGAGCAGGCAUGGCCUUCUGGGAAAAAAGAGGCCCGCCAGUGCUCCGAGUACCACUUCAUGUAAUAUUCUAAAAAAUGACAGUCAAAGCACAGAGAGUAAGUCUAAGUCUUGUGGCAAACAAUUAAAAGAAAAACCUCACAAAAAGACCAGCAAGCGGAGAGAAAGAGAUUUGACCUUAAACACAGACAGUGCUGCGGAUGUUGAUAAAAUGUGGGAAGAGCUACCUGAGGAUGACGAAGACAAUUUUCAAGACGAUUUAUUUCUGUCAAAAUUCAAGCAGCUAGAAAAUGAGCUAGAAUUAAACAAGGCUGCACUACAAACUGAGAAACUCAAGUGUUCAAUGAGUCAAGUUAUAGACAGUGGUAAAAACUUGAUUGAAGUUCUUGAACCUGAGAACCUCAGUGUUUCAGGAAGUAGCCCAGUGAUCAUUCCUGGAGAGAUUUUACAAGAAGAUGAUAUUGAUGAUGAAGAUGAAAUAGCGUGUGAUGGAAGCAUUAUCCGUGAGUCAACCCUAGAUCAACAACCAGCAGAGGCUGAACCUGAGACAACCAUCAGUUGUAACUUGUACAAGAAAACUAACUUGUUUGUACCCAUCAGUAAAAGAAGGCAAAACAAACUCAAAGAUAGCACAAGGAAAAAUGUCAGGAGAGGAAGUGUUCCUAAGUCUACAACUGCAGUUGAUGAAACUAACAAUGUUAGCAGCUGUAAUCAUGAGAAGUCUGUUAACAGAGCUGAAAACGGAUCUGAAGUUCUUAAUGAGCAUGUUAUUGAAAACCUGUGCGAGACAGCUGCAGCUUUACUUCAAGGCUCAGGGGAGACUAAUACAAAAGAUGUAAUUGAUGCCCAUGCAAUUCAGAAGCAGCUCAAGGAGACUAGGAAGCAACUGGAGCUUGACUACCCUCACCUGACAAAACACUUUGAAGACCAUGUUUCACAGAGUCUGGGAGUUAAAAGGGUGAUGGCCAGUCAUGGUUUUCAACAAGCAUCAGACCCUGACAUCCUGUAUCAAGGUGAUCUGUAUAACAGCCUCUUGCAAGCUUACAGACACCACUUUGAUAUUAGCAAUGAGGAGAAUGAUGAUGAUUUUGAUGAAGGGAUAACAACCACAAGUAAAAAGGUCCAACUUCAUCCAAAAUCUGAGCUAUUAGGCGUCUCAAAACAUCAAGGAAGAAAUUUGCACCAUGGCUCAGGCGCAGGUCUUAAAAAUCAAAAUGCAGUUGAUUAUUCCAACAUUCUUGAAGGCUCGACUAUGACUAAAUCCAGGCCAUGGAGUGGAACAACCAACGACAGUGGCUUAGAAGCUGAUGUUUUGUCCAAUGAUGAGGAAGAUGAAAUCGAAGCAGUAAAUGAAACUACACUAAUAAAACAUAGUGCUCAAAAUGCCAGCACUACAGAAGCUCAUGAGGACAAUGCAGACCCACUUUCAAAUGCAAACAAAAACCAUAAGACAGAAAGAGAAGAUUCACUUACAGAGUUUGAAACAACCAGCAGUGCUCUAGAAAUAGUUGCUCAAGCCAAAAAACUUUCAAAGUCCAAAAAAAAGUCUAGACACUAUGAAGACAUGAGUACACUAAGUCAAGUUCCUCCGUUAUGUUUUCGUCUCAAUGCUAAGCCUCCAAGUGGACAUUUGUUUUAUUUUGCUUACGAUCAAAAUAUGAGCAUGGACAGGAUGACUACUUAUCUGUCUGCUGGUGAACCAUUAGUUAGAUUCUGGUCGUUACUGUUUGGAUUUGAACUGGUCUUUAACAAGAAGGCAGGUGUGAACUCUGACCUGCAAGAUGUAGGUGGUUUCCCUAACUUGGCCUACAACGCAAAAUCUUCAGUAGAAGGAUGUCUGUAUCAGCUGACCCCAGGUCAGUUAGAGUGUCUGGACAAGUUCAUGGGUUAUCCACAAAACUGUGAUCAUAUUGUGUUACCUGUGUGGAUGUCCAACUGUACCAACCCUGAGGAUCUAGGUGUGGCUCAGUACUGUGUACCUGCCUGCACCUACAUAGCUAAGGAUGACAUGACAUGGACUACGCCAAUAGAACCUAAUGACUUCGCCCUCACUCAGUGCAUAAAGGCUGCUGAUCUAUUGACCCCUUCAUACAGAGAUCAUCUUGCAACAAUAUCAAAAAGUUUAUCUUCAUCCUCAUUAUUUACUGAAAACUCGGCUGUUUUAAGUGUGACAUGUGUUGCAUAGAGAUUUAUUUUGAUGUAGUACUCUUUAGGCAUUUUGAAAAGGAAUAUGCAUAUACUGAGUAACGAAAAUAUGGUAAUUCUAGUUUUUAUUUUGAAUUAAUGAUUUUAUUUUUAUUGCGUCCUCUUUUUUUUAUUUCUCGGUAUAAAGUCCAUGUUUAUCUGAUUUUAGUAGAUAAACUUUUUGAUUUUACCAUGUAACAAUUUUAUGUAACAAUUUUCAAUAUUUGUUAAACUUUAAUGACUAUAGGUCAGAAAGCACAAAAGAAUUGUAUUCCUUGCAUGAUAUUUAAAUUGCAAAUAGUUUCUUUUAUAUUCUACUGGUUCUUGUUGUUUUGUCUUAAUGAUGCUUUUUCUCCAUUUCAUUUCGUCCUAAAGGAGUUACUAAAUUACAAUUUUUUUUGUAAUAUAUAGUGAGAACAAGAGAGAAAACUACCAGAUUGUGCUGAGUAAAACUAAAUCCGUUUACAUUUUUAAAAAUAUUUUUAAAUCAACAACUUUUUUACAAUUAUAACUUGCUGACCUGACUAUUGCUAAGUCAUUCCCAAUAACUUUUUUUCUGUGCUCAGUACCAAAUGAAUUUUUUUUUUUUUCUAUUGUCCUUCUAUUAGAUUGGAAUUUUACCAACAAUAUGAAAAAAGAAAACUUUAAAAAAAUAGAACUGUGUGAUUUUGAUUGAAUUAGAUCUAUAGUUUAGAAUAGUUUUACUUACAUUUAUUUUAUACAUUUCAAAAUUCAAAUGUGUCAAUUACAUUUGAUUCUUUACCAACUUUAUAGAUGAACAUUGUACCUCUAGAACUAGACAGAUCAUUUAAUUUUUAUCAAAAGUGAUUAUGGGUGUUGUCACAGUUCGCAUAACCAAAACCCUACACUUUUCCUGGUCAGCAGUUGUUCUUAGCAAGAUAUCAAGAGAGAGGCUGGUCCAUUCUACCUUGUCCAGCCACUUUCAAGCUUGUUCAGCUUUUCUUCAAACUCCUUCCGCUGUAUCUAGAAGAAUGACUUAUGACAGUUAGUCAUGUUUUACACUACGACCGAACUAGCUCGACUUUCUUCUCUUAACAAUAUUGAGGAGUCCCUCAUUUUUUGCCAGCCAGAGUGAUGACUUGUAAAAGUACAAACAUUUGUCUUCCUUUCUUGGUACAUUACCCAGCAUUUUACUGUAUCCUUUAGUCUCCAAGGCUUGAAUUCUUCUUUCAGCGUUCAGUGUCCAGCUUUCACAACCUUAUAGAAGUACAGAGACCACUAGGGAAGAAUACAGUUAUAAUUUUACUUGGAAGCUGAUGUUACUCUUCCAGAUUUCCCACAGUUUGCUCAUGACAGCAGAUUUGAUGUUUCAGAAAUGAAACUGAAUUGAAAAUUUGUACUUUUACUUUGUGUGCUUUUGUAAAAUCAGUUUCCAACCAGACCAGAACCUUCUAUAAGUCUGGAUCAUUCAGACUGGCUUAAAAAAAAAUAUUUCCUGAUGUAUUUAAAUUUUUGUAAGGCAUUAAAAUAUACUUCAUCAGUAUUGAAUUUGCAAUUGAACUACAGGGUAUUAUUAGUUUGUAAUACUUUUGUAAUUUGAAACUUUUUCUUUGACUUUAUAAGUUAAAAAAUUUUUUUAAGCCAACAGAGAAAAGAAAGACAUUUUUGUGUAGUAAAAUUACUUUUUACAAUGCCUCUUUUCAAUUUGUAAUUUUGUGGAAUCUUCAAAAACCCAAAAUCUUGGUGGGUGGAUUGGAUUCUCAAAAAUGGCUCCAACAAUUUUCUUAGAAAUUUAACAGCUGAGAAAAGAAUUACUAGCUCAUGGGCCACACUGAGAAAACUCUAGUUUGGCUGUUGUAAUUUUUCAAAGUAAAAAACAGAAAUAAAUUUAAAUUUGGCUAGAGAACCAGAAAAUAUUUAUCUUGAACGGAAUUAUAAGCCUUCUGGCAUUUCUGCAUUCGUUCAAGAUUUUAAAAAAUUAAUGUGCAGGAACAUUUUCGCAUUGUCUUCUAAAUCUAGAUGUAAAAGACUAUCAAUAAAAUAUUAAAUCUAGUAGAUCAUCCAUUGUCUUUUAAUCUAGCAUUGAUGAGUUAUUAAGAGAAAAACAAUUGCUCUAUCUAAUUUUAAUGUUUUUCUGUUUUGUUUCUAGAUAUAGAAAAAAAUAAAUUUUUAUAUGUUCUCCAUAAAACCAUUUAUCUGGUCAACUUUUUAGGAGUUAUGUUAUUUACAACUCAAUUUGAAUGCAUUGUUAACCCAUUUCCUGACCCUCAUACAGGAACAUAAGGAAGGCCUUUGAAUAGUCUCGCUAUUUUUAUUUAAUUCUUGGUCUAUUGCAAGCUUUUUCUUAAAUUAUAUAUACUGAUUGAUUUUUUUUUCCAUAAAUGUUGCUUAAAUGAAUUAUUCAACUUCUAACAUAAGUAAAAUGUACUCUCCUGGAUAUUUCAUUUGUAUCAUUGACUUUAUAAACACGUCUUUCAACUACAUUUAUAUUUUAUUUCUAUUACAAAGUUCCCCUUUUAGUCCUUGCAAUCUAUAGGGCAGAUGAUUUAACGGUUAUCUGUUUCUUUGGCCAACAGUUAACGAAGAUGUCAUGUGGCCAGCACAACGAUCAACCGCCUUUACAUUCACCAAUUGAUGCCAGGUGCCCAUCAAAAAAUGGACUCAGGGGCAAUCUAAAAAUCCUGAAGUUCAAAAUCCGUGUCUUAACCCGAGAUUUGAACCCUGACCCCUCGGUUCAGAAGCCAAGCACUGCACCUCUCAGCCACCAUUCCCCAAAAUGUAUAUAAUAAGUUAUACGUUUUGUAAUAAAAUUGAAUUGGUUAUGAUGCUUAAUUUUCAGUUCAAACUAAACAAAAAAUGUGUCUUAUAAAUUAUUUUUAAAAUUGUAAACCAUUGUUAAUGUUGUUAUUGUUAUUUAGCAUUCCAAAUGUUGUAUCUUGUGUUGGCUAAGUUUCAGACACUCUUACAGAAAUGAAGAUUAUUACAUCUGAACCCAGAACUUCUCCUGAGAGUGGCCACAGGAAGAGUUUGACCCAGAACUUCUCCUGAGAGUGGCCACAGGAAGAGUUUGACCCAGAACUUCUCCUGAGAGUGGCCACAGGAAGAGUUUGACCUUCCUAUUUAAUGAGACGAAACAUUUUUCUUGUCUUGAUUUUUUUCCCUAAUUAAUGCUUGUAAUAUUUUGCCGUCCCAGACUUUCAUUUAUCUGUAAAUAGGAGCUAAUAGAUUGUUUUAUGAAGAUCUGUGUUUUUUUUUACUUCUGUUGGGUUAUUUUACUGAUCCAAGGCGGUGUUUUAAAUUGUAGGAUGUUUUCAUCUGUUUGUUCUUACAGUAUUCACACAAAAAUAAUAUAUAGAGAGAAAAUGUGCUCCUACUAAAUAUUUUCUGUCAAAACAUUUAUAUUUUUUAUAUGUACAUUCCAAGACUAUUUUUAUAGUCAAGCCAAAUUAUUUCAUGCUUUUUCAUAGCGUUAUGUAAAUACAUCUUCAGCUGUAUUGAAUCUGUUUUUAAUUAUAUUUAAGCUCAAGUUGAAUGGAAUAUAGAAUGUAUGCAUUGCAUUAAGUUAUAACCAUGUGAAAGAGAAAUUUUGGUUUGGUGCUUUUAUGGGCAGCUGUUUCUUCAAGUCAAAAGUUGGCAGUAGAGUACAAUUCUUGUUGUAGGUCCAAUUCCACUUGCUUUAUUGUAUUAAAAAAAUAUACUGCAGAUGAUAUAAAGGUCAUCUGUUUCUGUGGCCCAUGGUUAAUGAGGGUUUCAUGUGGCCAGUUCAAGGACCAACUGCCUUUUCCCCAACUAAUGUCAGGUACCCAUUAGAGCUGGGUUAACUCAGAGGGGCCCUUAAAAUCCCAAAAUUUAAAAUCUCAGUCUUCAUCAAGAUUUGAACCUGGGACCCCUUGGUUUCGAAUGCCAAGAACUUUACCUCUCAUCCACCAUGCCCCCUGCCUUUUAUUAGCUGUGAGUUUUUUAGGUCUGUCUUUGUUUUGUUUUUUUCAUUUUUCUUCUCUUUCUCACAAAGCCAAACAUAGCAGCUCAACUUUCAAUAGAGAAGCAGUUACCCUUUAGAUGAUUUUAAUGCAUUCUUUAUUUGUUGUUUAUAAUAAUCCAGAAUCAUGCUGUGCUUUCUAAAGGCAUUAUAUAUGUGUAGCUGAAUUCUUUUUAUAGCAAAAAAAUUAUUAUUAAUUAAUUAUUAGGCCUACUUUCAGAAAAAAAAAAGUGUUUGAUUUUAUUAGAACCAUAAGGGGAUGUCAUUAGGACAUGAAUUUCGCUUGUGCACAUUAGAGAAAUAAACUUCAAGUUAGCAA